AUUUGCAUUUCUUCUUUAAUUUGUUCCUCGGCAAUUAUAUAAGAGUAAAGAAAUUAAUGACACCUUAUUUGAAAAGUUGUCGAGCUCUGUAUUUUACCCGAUUUUACCUUACAUUUCUAGCGAAGAAAAAAUAAAAUGCUGUUUUAGGGGUGGAUUUUGACGUAGAAAUGUCCCCCCCCCCCCCAACUUAUAAUUGAUGUGUUUCACGAUUUUUUACAGUUGCAAUUUCAAAUGACCCAUAGGGGUGGCUAUAUAGUUAAAGAUGAAAUUUACCCAACGAAAUUGGACUAUAGGUCAACAUUUUGGGCAUUUUGACUACUGGAGUUUGUAUUCUUUGUAGCCAUCACACUAAAAUAGACGUACACGAGGUAAAUGCGAAUAAUGGAAAAUCUGCGAUUCGAAGAUUAUGGGUUUUUUCCAGUAGUCAAAUGCCUACAAGCAUAUACUCUGAAAAAACCCCUCUUAUAUUAUAUACCUAUCAGAGAGGUUUCUCUUGUUUUUUUUUGGAUUAAAAAAUUCAAACAAAUUUCUGUUUCGAAGUAGUGUAGUUGGUGUAUUAAUAAUGUUGGCCUCCUGUCCGCGCUUUUGUUGCUAUAAUUAGAAUCGCUACUAGAGAAGAGUUGUUCUCUUGGGUUUUUUUUAACAACAUGCAAUGCUCUAAUACAAAUCAUAGCUUUCAAAUUCAUCGCAAUGAUACAGUUGGUCGCUAUGCAGUCGCGAACUCUCAUUAUAAACCUGGGGAUGAAAUAUUUUCGGAGACACCAUUUGCUAUUGGACCUAAAUCAGAUGGACCCCCAGUAUGUUUAGGAUGCCACAUUCCAGUCGAUUGCUCUACCGUUUGCACCUCCUGUAAGUGGCCUGUUUGCGGGAGAACUUGUGAAACUAUUUCUACGCAUAAGGAAGCAGAAUGCAUUGUAUUUACAAGAGCAAAGGUGCCUUUUCAAGGGCCGGCAAAUCCAUGUCUACAAUACGAAUGCAUAAUGCCAAUAAGAGUUCUUUUGGCAAAGUUGCGGAACAAUGAGCGAUGGAGUCGUGAAGUGGAAAUGAUGGAGUCCCAUAACUUGGCCCGAUGCACGCAGCCCAUCUGGAAAUUUAACGAAGUUAAUAUCGUAAAGUAUAUUCGUGGGCCAUGUAAGUUGGGAAUUUUUACUGAAGAAUUAAUACAUGCGGUCUGCGGUAUAUUAGAAUGCAACGCCUUUGAGGCUUACGCUAAAUGUGGGUAUCCUAUCAGAUGCCUAUAUCCUAAAUUGGCGAUUUUGUCGCACAACUGUGUAUCCAACACCAUGCACUCUAUCGACAGCGAAAGCUUCAGAGUAACAGUAUACGCCAGCACGACUAUUCGUGAUGGCGAAGAAUUAUUUUCAAGUUACACCUACUCUCUAUGGCCUACUCUUGUACGUAACGAAUUUUUACUCGACAGUAAAUAUUUCCAAUGUCAGUGCAAAAGAUGCUCUGAUCCUCUAGAAAUGGGGACGCAUAUGAGCUCAUUACUUUGCGAUAAUUGCGAUGGAAUUCUCACUUGUGAAUCCCCAAUGAAUCGCGGCAAUUGGAAAUGUUCCCAUUGUGCAAAUUGUCGCACCUAUCUUGAAGUUAAAACAAUAUUUACCACCUUACAAAGAGAAAUUGACCAAAACUUAACGGGUGAAGAACUCCUUGUAAAAUACAACAUUGUCGUUUACAGAAGCAGUACGGUAGAGCGAUUCAGUUUGCUAAUGAUGUUUUGCAAACGUUAAACAUUAUUCAGCCCGGCCAUACCCGCACCAGAGGUGUUAUCCUUUACGAAUUAUUUUUGAGCACUAUUCUCUUAGCAAAAGAAAAUCAGCCGAAUUAUCGGAGUGUGCAUGAGGCAUUAUGUAUUUUAAGAGAAUCUGUAUCGAUAUUAAAACUGGAAUCUGAUCUCAGCAA